AUGGAAAAAUUUUCUCAAUUCCGCGAUCGAGGCUCUGGAAUAGCUCCAUUCUUUCCUCUCACAUCUAACACGUCCAGUAUAUAUGUCCUCCUCUACAGCUGCCUCUUUCUUCUAAGGCUACCCUUCUUCAUUAUUUCAACGACUAUAUAUUUUCUUUUUCUUCAAUGGUUGCCAUUAGGUCCUUUAUUCAGGAAGAUUCUACUCUGGAUUAUACUGGGAAUACCUGGUAUAUGGUGGAUGGAUUUGCAGAUCGAUGGAGUGAAGAAAGGUUCGUUGGCUAAGAAGCAUGUUGGGAGAGUACCAGGACCUUCUGACAUCGUCGCCUCCUCUUUCGCAUCUCCUAUUGAUGCAGUGUACUUGGCUGCGAUUUUUGAUCCUAUAUUCACAAUUUCAUAUCCUCAUACGCACCAGAUAAAAGUUAUCUCUACCUUUGGAGCGAUAUUUCGAGCCUUUUCUACACCAGAGGAACAUCCGGCGAAAAAUUCAAAAUUGACAGACAUCGGUACCUUGAUUGCAAAUAAUAACCGGAGGGUGAUUGUAGUUUUUCCUGAGUGUACCACGACCAAUGGAAAGGGUAUAUUGCCAUGUAGUCCAAGCCUCCUCGCGUCCCCUGAAACAUCAAAGAUAUUUCCGCUCCAUCUACGAUAUGCUCCGUCUGAUAUUACAACUCCUAUUCCUGGUCAAUACAUCUCAUUUCUCUGGAACUUACUCUCGAGACCCACACAUAGCAUUCGGGUGCGCAUCGCUGCGGCCAUAGAAAAUAGGAAUAAUAACGAUACAUCCAAGUUGAAUCAAAUUUUAUCUCCUGUUCUAUCUAAUGACCAACAAUUGAAAUUAGACAGCAAUCAAAAAGAUCUCCUCGCUCGUGUCGGAGAAUCCCUAGCUCGUCUAGGAAUGGUGAAACGAGUUGGACUUACGGUCACAGACAAACUGGUCUUUAUAAAGGCAUGGAAACAGAAGCAAGGAACAAUCUAG